AAUGCGUAAAAGUGAAGAGGCAGUCUGGUAUAAAUAUAAACGCCCACAGAGCGGAAUUCACUUCGGCAGAUUCGAUUAUUUUUUUAGGGUGACUUUUUUUAUAUAUAUAUAUAUAUACUCAACUGCAUUUAUAUUUUAUUAUAUACAGUUUCUGAAUUUUGAUAAGUGACAGUAAACAUAUGGGUGUAUGCAAACAAAAGUGUUGCUCUAAUUAUACUGAAAUAUUUUUGUGAUCAGAUCUAUUAUCGUUUUACGAAAUAACCUUGCUAACUGGUCGAUUAAUCUAUAUAUUUGACUCACCAAAGAACAUCCAUAAUAAGCUUACUGGAAUUCUUUGAAGGUUCACUAUUCACUCGGCUGCUAUAAUUUACAUGCCACUAUGAUUUCUCGCUCUUUGAUACUACGUUUCUCGCACUCCCGCAAUGUUUUAUUUCCCAGAGUAAAUUUAUUUCACAAACAAUAUCACAGCAGGUUUUCAAACGCACCUAAAUAUCGUCUUUCCUGUCCGGGACCUUGGAAUAUUUGUAAACAACAGCUUUCACGCAAUGCACCGUUUUCAACCGAUUCUUCCGAGCAAUUUCGACAAUUAACCGACCAAGAUGUUAUUUUCAGACAGCUGCUUGACUACCGUUCUUAUACAUACUCCUACAUCCUUGCUGAUGCUUCUAGCAAAGAAGGUGUUCUUAUUGAUCCUGUUUUGGACAAUGUCAACCGAGACCUUCAAAUCAUAAAAGACUUAGGAAUUAAUCUUACAAUUGUUGUCAACACCCAUGUCCAUGCUGACCACAUAACUGGAUCAGGCCUUCUGAAACAAAGUCUACCAAAUUGCAAAAGCUAUACUUCUAUCCAGUCUGGUGCAGUGGCUGAUAGAAAGUUUGAUCAUGGCAACCAUUUAACAUUUGGAAAAUAUGCUCUUGAAUGUCGUAGUACUCCUGGACACACAAACGGAUGUUACUCAUUUGUCUGGCAUGAAAACAGUAUGGUAUUUACUGGAGAUGCUGUCUUAAUUCGUGGUUGUGGACGAACAGAUUUUCAGCAAGGUUGUUCAGAAACGCUUUAUGAAUCUGUUCAUCGAGAAAUAUUCAGUCUUCCAAGUCACUACCGAAUCUAUCCAGCACAUGAUUACACAGGAAAUACAGUUAGUACUAUUGCGGAAGAAAAACAGUUGAACCCUCGUUUAAGACGAACAAAGGAGGAAUUUUUGGAAAUUAUGGCCAAUCUGAAACUACCAUACCCAAAUCAAAUUGACAAAGCAUUACCUGCUAACUUAUUGUGUGGACUUCAACCAGACCUGCCAUAAAACAGUCAUUAUAUACAUUUAUAUUUUAUUAGUGUGUGUACUCGAAAAAUAAACAAAAUCAAUUAAUUUC